AUGGAGGCCAGCGGGAAGCUCAUUUGCAGACAAAGGCAAGUCACUUUUUUCUUUAUUCUCUUGGCAUUCUCUCUCGUAAGCGCGGAAACUAGGCGUUAUUCCGUUGUGGAGGAAACUGAGGGCGGCUCUUUUGUAACCAAUAUAGCUAAAGAUUUGGGUCUGGAGCAAAGGGAACUCUCCAGACGCGGGGCUAGGGUCAUUUCCAAAGGAAACAAGCUCCAUUUGCAGCUCGAUCUGGAGACCGGGGAUUUGGUGCUUUAUGAGAAACUGGACCGGGAGGAACUGUGUGGUGACACAGAGCCUUGUGUGCUACGUUUCCAGGUAUUGCUAGAAAAUCCUUUAGAGUUUUUCCAAGCUGAGUUGCAGGUAAUAGACAUAAAUGACCACGCCCCAGUGUUUUUAGACAGAGAAAUAUCUCUAAAAAUAUCAGAGAGCAGUGCCCCUGGGACGACCUUUCCUCUGAAGAACGCCCAGGAUAUGGAUGUGGGUCACAAUAAUAUUGAGAAUUAUGACAUCAACUCCAACUCCCAUUUUCGGGUCCUCACCAGAAAACGCAGUGACAAUAGGAAAUAUCCAGAACUGGUGCUGGACAAAGAACUGGAUCGAGAGGAGGAGGCUAGGCUCCGGCUAACCCUCACCGCCCAGGACGGAGGUUCCCCUCCACGGUCUGGAACAGUGCAGAUCCACAUCGAGGUCAUGGACACCAACGACAAUGCCCCUGAAUUUGAGCAGCCUCUCUACAGGGUCCAGGUCCCUGAGGACAGCCCCGUGGGCUCCUUCAUCCUCAAGGUCUCUGCUACUGACAUAGACAUAGGAGCCAAUGGAGAGAUUUCUUACUCACUUUUCCAAGUUUCAGAGGAGAUUAACAAAACCUUUGAGGUCAAUGCCAUGACAGGAGAAAUUCGACUGAAUAAACAACUUGAUUAUGAAACAAUUCAGUCCUAUGAAGUCAAUAUGGAGGCUAGAGAUGCUGGAAGCUUUUCUGGGAAAUGCACUGUUUUGGUUCAAGUGAUGGAUGUCAAUGAUAACGCCCCGGAAAUAUCAGUUUCCGCAUUUAGCAGCCCUAUUCCUGAGAACUCACCAGAGACUGUGGUGGCAGUUUUCAGUGUUUCAGAUCUUGAUUCCGAGGACAACGCGAGACUAGGUUGCUCCAUUCAGGAUGAUCUACCAUUUCUCCUGAAAUCUUCUAUCGAAAACUUUUACACCCUGGUAACAGACAGACCCCUGGACAGGGAGAGUAGAUCUGAGUACAACAUCACCAUCACCGUCAGUGACUUGGGCACCCCCAGGCUGAAAACCGAGCACAAGAUAACCGUGCUGGUCUCCGACGUGAAUGACAAUGCGCCCACCUUCUCCCAAGCCUCCUACACCCUGUUCAUCCGCGAGAACAACAGCCCCGCCCUGCACAUGGGCACCAUCGUCACGCUGCACGUGCUCCUGGUGGAUGGCUUCUCUCAGCCCUACCUGCCUCUGCCUGAGGUGGCCCCUGAGGAGCCCCACGCUGACUCCCUCACUGUCUACUUGGUCAUCGCGCUGGCCUCGGUCUCCUCGCUCUUCCUCUUCUCUGUGCUCCUGUUCGUCACCCUGCGGCUGUGUAGGAGGAGUGGAGCAACAUCCAUGCAUCACUUCUCAGUGCCUGAGGGACAUUUCCCAGGCCCCCUGAUGGAAGUCACCGGGACAGGGACUCUGUCUGAGAACUACCAAUAUGAGAUUUGUCUGGCUGGAGGCUCUGAGACUGGCGAAUUCAAGUUCCUGAAGCCAAUUUUACCCAAUAUCCAGAGCCAUUCCACUGAAUCAGAAAUAGGAGAAAAUACCAAUUUUAGGAAUGAUUUUGGUUUCAGUAUUCAGUGA